UUUCUACUCUCUUAUGACCGGUGCGUUUGCGUCUCUUUCCCACAAACGCCAUCGCUCUCCCAGCACGGCCAAGACUCCACCUACUGCACCAAUAGGAAAACUGUCAAAACUCAAGUCUGGUCUAUCGCUCUUUGGCAGACUAGCCAACCCAUUCGGAUCUGGAACCACAACAACUAACCAAGACAACAGCGAAAACGACAACGAAGAAGACGACAACGACGACGAAUGGGAUCAACCAAAGAAAUAUUCCCUCAGUGCUCUUAUGCACUGUUUCAAAAGCGCAGAUCCAGCUGCUUCUGCAAAUCCUGCUGCUUCUGCAACAACUCCACAUCCGCUCGCAGGCGACGCUCUAUACGAACAUACACACUAUCGACAACGAUCGGUCUGUCCAGCACCACCAAUCUAUGACCCGUCACCCCAAGCACCCCUCCGCAAAAAAUCCCUUCCAAGCAUACUCAAGAAAGAUCCACAAGACGAUCACCCAACCACACCCUUCAUACGCCACCAUCGCCACACAAGCAGUCUGCAGAGCUCGGGUCUCUCAGUUCCGUCCAUCAAUAACGGACGUCACAAACAAUCUCGCCAUGUCAGGCACUACUCACAUGUGUCAUCAAGCAUCACCGUCAAUUCGGAGGAUUUGACAGCCAAAGAAUUUGCAGACUACACAGGCAUUCGCAUCUUAUCCGAGACCGAUGACGAUAAUGAGCAUACUAACAGUGAAGAUGAAGAUGAAACAAAACGGUGCGGUUGUGAGGAUGAAGGCAUCGUGCCUGUCCUGGUCCGUGGCACCCACGGCAGACACAAGAGUUGCGACACAACCACAUUACAUGUCAAUGAGGACAGUCAGAUAUCCAUAAAAAGCUAUUGCUCGAUGCACAGUCAUGAUACCCGAUCCCUAUACCGUAAACCACAGAUAUGGGAUUCUGAUUUCUGGCGCAAACCUGGCCAACCACAACCUUUACCACAACAGCCAAACCUUGGCCACAAACGAUCCGGAUCGUCCAUUCCUACCACUCCUCCUCUUCUCAGUCUUACCCAAGAAACCGAACCUCCAAUCAUACACACCAUGCGAAAACUCAACACUCUAUCUACAGAAACCCUCAACCAACGUAAUAACAACACCAAUAUCUCCCAACUUGUACCUCCAUCUCGGAAUUGUAUUAUUCGCAAAGGUCGUUUCGAAAUCCAUCUCGAGAGCUCCUCGGAACCAGAUCGAGUUGAAUUACCUACAGACGAAUGUGUUGUGGAAUGGAAACGCAAACAAAAAAGCCCACUUUCUCAAUCAACUAUCCAUUAA